AUGAAUUGCUUAUCUAUCAAUAUUCGAGGAAUUGGGGGUGUUCAUAAGGCGGGUUGGAUCAAAUCUCUGGUUCGGGGGUUUGGUAUAAAUUUCCUAGCUAUUCAGGAGUCUAAGCAUAAUGGUGUAACUCGGGCUGGGAUGUCGAAAUUUUGGGGUCAUAAUAGAUUUGGUAUGGAGUCUGUGGAUGCUUCGGGUGUGUCUGGGGGCCUGGUUUGUUUGUGGGACGAGAAUUGUUUUCAGUUAGAGGAGUCGGUUAAAGACAGACACUUCUUACACUUAAAGGGUAGGUUGGUGGGAUGUAAUAGGCCUGUUAAUUUUCUCAGCGUCUACGCCCCUCAAGGGAUAGCGGCUAAAAAAGAAGUUUGGGACGCGUUGACUGUUAUCAUUAAUAAUUUUGAUGGGUUUUGGAUUAUCGGCGAUGAUUUUAACGCGGCUCUCCCAAGGUUGUGGUCGGACCAUUGUCCCAUCAUUCUUAUUUCUAAGUCGGUAAACUUUGGGGCCCGUCCGUUCCGUGUUUUUAAUUCUUGGUUGGGGAAAGAGGGCUUUUCAGCGGUGGUCGAGGAGGCAUGUAGGGAUUUCUCUUCCCCUGGUUGUUCUCCGGAUGUUUUUUUGGUUAGGAAGUUGGGGUUUAUCCGUAGUAAGUUAAGAGAGUGGAGAGACAAGAUGGUUAUUAAGGAAGGUGAGGAGCGUAGUUUGGCCGAAGAGGAAAUAUCAUCUUUGGAGUCCAUUUUAGAAUUCAGAGAUUUAACCAGAGAUUUAACCGAAGAGGUGGAGUGGGUUUUAGCGGAAAAUAAGAAUGUUCUGGCUGAGAUUGAGCUCGCAAAAGUUAUGGAUCUUAGACAAAGAUCCAGGGUUAGAUGGGCUAGAGAGGGUGAUGAGAAUUCUAAGUUCUUCCACUCGAUGGUUAAUUGUAGGAAAGCUAGCAACUCUCUAUCCACGGGAUCAAUGUUGGGGGCGAAUGGAUCUAAGUUUGUGGAAGAAUGCGAGGCCCGCACUGUUCUUUCUUGCCCGUCCUUGAAGAGGAUUUCUGUGUCUGAUGCGGAUUGGCUGGAAUCCCAAUUCUCUGUCGAUGAGAUUAAGUCUGCUGUUUUCGAGUGUGGGGACGAUCGGGCUCCCAGGCCUGAUGGCUUUAACUUUAGAUUCUUCAAGCGUUUCUGGAAUCUGUUCGAGCAAGAUUUCGUCUCUUUAUUGGCUGUAUUCUUCGAGACAGGUAUUAUAAAUCCUGGGUGCGGUUCUUCUUUUAUUACUCUUGUCCCGAAAAUUAAAGAUCCAUCAGGUCUCGACGAUUACAGACCUAUCAGUCUGGUGGGGGUUGUGAAUAAGGUCAUCUCAAAAGUUCUAGCCAACAGGUUGAAGAAAGUCAUUGCUUCGGUUAUAUCGGAUAACCAAUCUGCUUUCUUGAGGGGCAGAUUCAUUCUAGAUGGGCCUCUUAUUAUUAACGAGGUGUGCUCGGGUCUAAAAAUCAAUUUGGGGAAGUCAAACUUGUAUGGUAUUGGUGUUGAUGCAGCGGAGGUGGGUGCUAUGACGGAUAUUGUGGGUUGUAAGCAGGAUUCGCUCCUGUUUAAGUACCUCGGGCUCAAGGUGGGGGCCAAUAUGAACCGUGUUGUGAAUUGGAGACCAGUGUAUGAUAUCUUUGAAUCCAGGCUUGCUCUCUGGAAAUCCGCUCUUUUGUCUUUCGGGGGGAGAAUCACUCUUAUUCGCUCGGUUCUUGUAAGUCUGCCUAUUUAUUAUUUUUCUUUAUAUAAAGCUCCUGUGAAAGUUGUCAAGGAUUUGGAAUGUUUAAUCAAGAAGUUUCUAUGGGGAGGGUCGAGCGAGGUCAAUAAAACCCAUUGGGUGGCCUGGGAUAGAAUCACUAUUGAUAAGAAGCAUGGGGGAUUGGGUAUUAGUAAACUCAGUGACAUCAAUAGAGCUCUUUUAUGUAAGUGGGGUUGGAGGUUUAAAAGAGAAAAGGAGCACCUUUGGGUUAAGGUCGUGGAAGCGAUUCAUUCUGGUGGCUCUUCGUGGUCGUUUCUUCCGGUUAAAAAAUCGCUUGGUGGUGUGUGGAAUAAUAUUGUGUCGGUUAUUAACAGGCCUUUGAUCGGUAAUUCUUGCUUCCGCGACUGUUUAAGAGGGAAGGCUGGAAGGGGAGAUUGUAUUUCAUUUUGGUUGGAUCCCUGGCUGUUGGAGACUCCUCUUAUGGAGAAAUUUCCGAAUUUGUUUGCGCUGGAAACUGUGAAGAAUUGCUCGGUGAGGGACAGGGUUCUGGGGGUUUGGUUAUGGAAGCAUGAUCCGGAGCUGGUCGAUGAAUUGGGAGAGCUGAUCGAGCUGAACGAAGCUGUUGCCUCGGUUCUGCUGAACGAUAGUGAAGAUGUUUGGGUAUGGCUUCCGGAUCAGGCUAACUCAUUUUCUGUUAGAUCUAUCAAAAAGGUUAUGAGUGGUAGCAGUGUCGAUAGCAGCAGAUAUGUUUUAGAGUGGAACAAAUGGAUUCCGAUGAAGUGUAACUUUUUCGUUUGGAGGGCGAGCCUUAAUAGAAUCCCUACUUUAGAUGCGUUACGACGGAGGGGCAUCAAUGUUGGUGAUGGGUUAUGCCCGUUGUGCAAAACGGAGAACGAAACUGUGGAGCACAUUUUUACUUCGUGUAUUACGGUUGCGGUUUUGUGGCAAAAGAUCAGCGCCGCUGGUGCAGAAUUCCUCCCAUGUAUGCAUUCUCAUUUACGGAUUUGUUGGAGAUUCCUAAUGGGAUUUCUAUUAAGUCGAAGGACAAGUCGAUCAUUCAAGGUAUCAUUUUCAUCUACUGUUGGUGUCUAUGGGCAGCCCGUAACAAGGCGGUUUUUUCGGGUGUCGAUGUGA